UGGAUCAGGUGCUGUAGCUCCUAUAUACCCAAAGAUUAUUGCAUGUUUCUCUGUCUUGUGCAGUUGUUCACUCUUGGUACUUCAUGUUUCUCCUUCUUCUUCUUCUGCUACAUCAUCAUCACUGGUUGUGAUUUUAGCAAGGCUUGAAUUUGCAGAAGAUGAAACACAACCAUUUUAACACUGGAACAAACAGAAAUGGAAUUAGAUGGCCCACUUUUUAGAGUAGGAGGAAGGGCUGGGUUAUAAGAGGAUGUCCUUAAAAGAAUGAUUGGUGGGCAUCAUCAAACUUAUAUUAAGGGACAUAUGGAUGUGGAGAAUAUAUGUAGCCCAGGAUGAAUUUUUAGGUUCUUGCUGUUCUUUCCACUUGCUUUUCUUUUCACACAUUUUUCACUGCCAGACUAAAUCACAGCAUUAGUGAAUGGGGGAAUGGAAUUUUCAGACUAUUUAUAUGUGGUAGCUUACCCUACCAACCUUGACUAGGAUAUUGCUACUUCUGAUUGCCCUUGAAGUGGAAUAUUCUUUUUUCCUUAAUUGUUCCUGCUUAUCUAGGUGCUGGUUAAUAAAGAUGUGAUGAGGAAAGAUGUGCUGAGAGCUUAUUUAUUUGAUUUUGGGUUGGUCCCUAUUUUAUUUAUUAUAGGCGGAGCUUAUUUCAGUGGGUAUGUUAAUGAUUUAUUCGAGUGCCAACCUCUGGGAAUUUUCUUACAGUUUUGUAUCUGAUCUAAAAUGUUUAGAAUUUCCCAAAUUAAACUGCUUUUGAAUUUUUAUGUUGGGAACUUGGUGAAUUUUUUGUUAUGUUUUUUAAAUGACUUCCUCUUCCAGUCUUCUAUCUUUAAGAUACAUCCCACGUCCCUAUGCACCAAUGAUGUUACAACAUCUGAUAAUGAAAUUCCUGCAAGAAGGAAAGGAAGCCCAGAGAACACAAGAAUGCUGUGUAUGGAGAUACCAUCAUCCAGUAUAGCAAUUCAGCAAGAACUGAAGGAGGCUUCUAGUAGUUCUGAAAGUUUACUGCCUUAUUAUGUAUCAUCCUACACUUAAAACACAUGUUCAUGAACACAGAGUUUGUCAUUGUGGAGGUGUUUAAUUCCAACCUUUCAAAAAUGUUAGUUUACUACAUAUUCUGUGUGUGAAAUCCAUAUCUAACCUAGAUAGGGAUCCCUUCUCUAUUCAUUUAAAUUUAAACAUUAUGCACAUUAAUGAGAGGUCUACCUAAAUAUAUUAAGUAAUGCACACAUUCUUGUACUGCACGUAAACCUAUUUAGGAAUCUAUUCUAAAGGUUGUACUACUAUUAUUUAUUACUACUUUUACCCUUUACUUUUUUACUUAUUACUUAUCACCACUAAUUUUAUUAAUCUUUUCUGUUUGUUUGUCCACUUUUAUUAGUCUGCACUCUAUUAACAGCCGUUAACUCUCGAUGUUUGUAUACUUAAACUAUGAUCAAAUAACCUAUUGCGAUACCAUUUAUAUAAUCAAUUUUGAAGAUAGUUGUUUGGAACUUUUUCUUAAUUUUCACUUAUUUCCUUACUUCUUGAGCGGGCAGAAAAAUCCAUUCCCCAAAUACGUUUUUUGAAGCUCCCUAACACCCAAACCAAUCUUUCAUUGAUUCAAAACAACUUUCUCUGAGAAGUAAAAAAAUGAGAGUUCUAGACGGAAGGCGAAAAGACCACUUCCCUCUAGACUACAUUUCCCAGCAUGCCAUUGGUGGCGGAGAGACAUCACAAGUGGGAGGGGUUGCCAAAGCUGGCUCGCGUCUGGCUGUAGGAGCGGCUUUGCAGAGCGGGCUUAUUCCGCGAGAACUGAGCUGCAUUCAAGUGAGUUGGGCGAAUGCCAGCCAUGGCGAGUGGGCUGCAAAUUCGUGGGGCUUGGGGGCUUCUCGCCUUCUGCUGCUGCUCCGCGGUCUCCUUUGUGUUGCGGAGUGAGAACGAGCGACCGAUUAUUGGAAUAUUAGCUCAGGAAACUUUUGAAACUUUUCAGAAAUUUGGAAGUUCUUAUAUUGCUGCUUCUUAUGUGAAAUUCAUCGAAUCAGCUGGAGCCAGAGUAAUACCAGUAAGAUUGCAUCGUUCCAAUGAAGAGUAUGAUGAGAUAUUCCAUUCUAUAAAUGGAAUACUUUUUCCAGGAGGUGGUGUUGAUCUUGAAACUUCAGAAUUUUCCAGAGUGGCUAAGAUAUUCUAUACAAAAGCACUAGAGGCCAAUGACCGAAAAGAUUAUUUUCCCAUAUGGGGGACGUGCCUGGGACACCAGUUGCUCACCUAUCUCACGAGUGGAGAAAAUUUGCUCGUUCGGACAAAUACAGAUGGCUUCAUAAUGCCACUGAAUUUUACUAAAGCUUCAAACCACAGUAAGAUGUUCCACGAUUUUCCUGAAGAGAUAUAUGAACUGUUGGCUUCAGAGCCUGUAUCUUCACACUUUCAUUUCUGGAGCCUAUCCAUGCAGAAUUACACAAAAAAUGAGAAAUUGCGCAACUUUUAUAAGAUCUUAACAACUAAUUUUCAUAAUGUGGAGUUCAUAUCCACCAUGGAAGCUUACAAGUACCCUAUUUAUGGUGUCCAGUGGCAUCCAGAAAAAAACCCAUUUGAAUGGAAAAAUUCAACUGGCAUUCCACAUUCCUCAGCAUCUAUAAAAGUAACAUUUUUCCUAGCUGACUUCCUUGUCAAUGAAGCCCGGAAGAGCAACCACCAUUUUUCCUGCAAAAAGGCUGAGACUGAUGCGCUGAUUUAUAAUUUUAAUCCUGUCUACACUGGGACCUUUUCAUCUUUUGACCAAAUGUACUUUUUUGAUUAAAUUUCCAGCCUGAAGAAGAACAUAAGUAAAUUUUAAAAUGAUUUGAUCUUUCGUUUAAAUUGAUAUUGCACUGUAAGGGCAAAAAUUCAGAUUGUGCAUAGCUCUUUGUAGAACUUAUCCUUUCCAUUCCUUUCUGUAGAAUCACUCUUUAUGUUCCAAAGUGGUGAAUUUGGGAGAAGCUGCUGCAGCAGCUUGAGACUAAAAGGCUUGUUGGGAAAGCCCUGUAUUCCAUGAACCUUGUGCAGGAAUAGUUUUAAGUAUCCCCAAUAGCUGUUCAAUUGAAGCACAAAGGAUAUGACCGCCCUUAUGGGUUCAAUAAGUAGGAAUGGAGCAGCACUUGUUAGUUUGGGGGUUACAGUAAAUCACACAGGAUUUGACUUACCAUUCUGUAUUAUUAUGGGCUUGGCAAAGGGGGGACAAGUCCUGCAGAAGUAUUUGCCUAAGCCUCAGUAGAACUCACAUUGUUCUGGUCUUUAUCAUAUCUGGAGUUCGGUAAACACUCUAGCAUUAUAUGUGGUUUAUGUUUGCAUUAAUUGCACAUAUUUCAUUUGAGAAAUUGCACUUAAAUAUUUGUGUUCAUUUAAAACUCUUAUUUAAUGGGAAAAGUUGAAGAGGAUGACUUUUUAAUGUGAAUGGGAGUGAUGACUUUUCCUCUUUGAUCAAAGAACUUCUGCUAUAGUUGUUUCUGUCCAUUAAGGCACAGUGUGGUAUAAAAAUUCUCAGGUAACCCAUUUUUUAAUAAAGGACGACGUUUCUUCCUGGGUGCACAAAGGAGAUGGUUUUCCACAUUCUGAGCCGCCUCCUGGAAUGCCUUUUUAAUUUCAUAUCUUCAACCUGCCAAUUGCUCUAAAGUCCCUUCCGUUUCUUAUAUCUCCCUGUAUCCUAGCGUGUUCUUUUAGUGUUUAGAGUAAUCAUCCAUCCAAACAAUGUUGUAUUUUUUAAUCCCUUUUUUGAGAUUCUCUUCUUUUAUACCUCUUUCUUGGAAUAAUGUAGCACUUUAAAAAUGAUUUUGCUCUUUUUUAAAAAGAAACUAUUGCCACAAAUUCACUGAUAUAUCUUCUACAGGGUUUAUUAUUAUGAUACAGAUAGAUGAUUGUUUACCUUAUUAGUUUCCUCUCCCCUACAUUUUAAUCACCUUUUUUGCUUUCUACUUGUAAUCACUUCCUGUGUGGUCCAAGCACUUUAAACUGAUGUAUAAUGCUGUGGAGAUAACUGAUACUCAGUACUGAUACCAUCAUAUAUGACUCUUGUAGGGAUCAUGAAAACUGAAGCCCUGGUAUAUCUGAGAGGCAUCUUCUUAUGGAGGCUUCAGUUAAAUUUUGCUUUUGGGGCUUCAGGCAGCACUUUCCCUUAUGCUUUGGCAGCUGGUAACCUCAUGAGUCAUGAAUUAUGAAUGGACAGGACCAAUAUUUUCAGAUGCACUUUUGUUGUAUUUGAGGAUGCUUAUAAAGUUUCAGAUAGCAUUCUCCUCCUAAAACACAUCCACUCCAUUUGCCUCCCAGCCCUCUCAAAAUAGAAACUCAAUAUUUCAGGUUGACCCAACCUGAAAGCCAUAAAGUGGUUGCUUGAAAGUGACUUUCAUUCCAUUCCAGGAUUCUAUCAAUCAAUAUCAUUUGUCUAGAUAAAUGGUGCUUGGGGUUUUCUACUUUAAAUACUGUUUCUACAAAAAUUUGAAGCUCAGAGAAUCCUUCUAAGAUGCCAUUUUAUUUUAAGAUAGACUAGAUUUUCUCCAUAAAAGGUUUUGGUUUUAUUUACAAUUAAUGCAGUUAAGAUCUGUGGUUUUUUAAAAUUUGUCAUAACUCUUUAAUAACUAAGGUGCUAAAUAUGCUUAGGGGUAGUCUAUGUUACCCUAAGUACUGAAAUAAAACAUUCCAAUUUACCAAAUAUUAACAGGGUUUUCAUAUAGUACAACAAAUAUGCAAAUUUGGAAAACUAGAUCUACAUUUUGAUAUAUAAAGUAUUUGUGGCUGAAAUUCUUUUCUUGGGUAAAAUAUUAUGCUAAUAUCAUAAAUACAUGGGUGUCUGCCAGUAUAGCCUAUGGGGAGAAAAACCUCAUAGAUUUUUCCCCUUAGUUUUCUUUACAUGAGUGAAUAUAAAAACCUUUCAUAUUAAUGUGAGUUCGAGAUCAGAAUUUUUCAAAAAUAUGUAGGAUUAUUUUUUGUUUUCUUAUAAUUGCACUUUUUUGUAUAUGCAUUUCAUUAAUAUAUUGUAAUAAGCCAAAGUAUCCACACCAUAGCCUAUGGACCAGGCCUGAUCCACAAACUUCUUUCAUUUGUUUUGUUGUUAUUUUGCAGCCCUUCUGAUUAUACUGAUUUACACAAAAUAGAUGAGGUCUUUAAAACGUGAAAUAAAGGUUAAUAUGUUAAGUUUUGGAAUGGUCUUAAAAAAUUGUAAUUCACCUUUAUCCCCCCUCCCCCUGCCCCCCCCCCAAAAAACCUGGGAUAAACCAGUAAUAAUAUUGUGGUCCUUUGGGCUGAUAAAAAACUUGGCUGAGACCAAACCUGAAUGACUAAAUGACAAAUGUGAAAUAAAUGUGAAUGUAUUUUAAGUGUUAUAGCUUAAUUUAAUACAAUUACUCAAUUUUAUUCUUUCACCAUAUAUUUGACUUUGAGCAUAUGGCACUGUAUUCUCUGCUGAAAUACGUUUAUUGCUGUGUAAUAAAGGAAAUGCAACUUAAUCAUG